UAUGAAUAAAAUUUCAAUGCUACGAAAACCUUUUGUAUAUUUUAUUUUGGGAGGUAAUAAUAAAAUAUAAUUUAAGGACCUGGAUCUGGAAAAGGUACUCAAUGUGAAUUGUUAAGUAAAAAUCUCAAUUUUAUUCAUCUAUCUGCAGGACAAUUAUUGAGAAAUGCUGUAAGUAUUGAACCUAUUUUUAUCAGAUUAGUAAUAGUUCACAACAUAAGACUACAAUUGAGAAUUGUAUUAAUAAUGGAAGAAUAGUUCCUGUAAUUCAUUUUAUUUGAUAUUGUUUAGAGUGAAGUUACAAUUAGUUUAUUGGAUAAAGCUAUUUUUGAAAACGAUAAAUCUGACACAUUUUUAAUAGAUGGAUUUCCUAGAAAUUAUGAAAAUAUGAUUAAUUGGAUUGAAUUAAUGGAUCACAAAAUAAAUUUUUAAAGUGUAAUACAUAUAAUUUGUUCAAAAGUAUAUUUUUCAAUUUUUAUAUUUUAGUAAACUAUGAUAGAAAGAAUAUAAGAGAGAUCAAAAACAAGUGGAAGAUCAGAUGAUAAUUUAUAAACUUUACAAAAAAGAUUCAUUACAUUUUAAAAUGAUACAUAAAAAAUUAUAGAUCAUUAUAGAGAUCUAAAUCAAUUAAUUGAAAUUAAUGGAGAUAAUUCUAUAGAAAUAGUCUAAGAAGAGAUUUUAAAAAGAUUUAAAUAAAUUCCAAUUGAAGAAUUUAAGUGUUAAUAUUGA